ACAAUUACGUAAUUAUCAUCUUAUCUCUCAUCUGACAAAAUCGACCCACAAUCCUCCUUCCAAUUCACCCCCUCUCACUUCUUCCAAAUUCCAAAAUCCUCUGUUCAACAAUUGAACAAAACCCACAUGGAGUAAUCUCGAAAACCAAGCCGAUCCAAGAUGUCUCACAUCCCCGAAGAAAUCUUGGACCACAUAUUCAGCUACAUCACCAAAAACCCAGAUCGAAAUUCGGCCUCGUUAGUCUGCAAGACAUGGUACAAGGCCGACAGACACAGCAGGCACAGCGUGUUCGUCGGAAACUGCUACGCCGUGAGUCCCGACAGAGUGAUCGCGAGGUUUCCGAAUGUUAGGUCACUGACCGUCAAGGGGAUGCCGCGUGUGGGUGAUGACAGCUGGAUCCCGCGCAACUGGGGCGGGUCGGUUCACAAUUGGGUUGUGGAUUUGGCUGAGAAGUGUCCGGGUUUGGAGGAGCUGAGGCUGAAGAGGAUGGUUGUGUUGGAUGAAACUCUUGUGUUGAUUUCGACUAAGUUUCCCAAUUUCAAGUCUUUGGUUUUGAUCAGUUGUGUGGGGUUCACUGGGAACGGUCUUGAUGCCAUUGCUACCAAUUGCAGGUUUCUUGAGCACUUAGAUUUGCCGAAAUGUAAGGUUGGAAACGACAAUGGGCAUUGGCUUAGUUGCUUUCCUGAAAGCUUCACUUCACUCAUCUCCCUGAAUUUUUCAUGUCUAAGAGGAGCAGUAAACUUGCUGGAUCUCGAGAAGCUGGUGGCUAGAUGUCCAAACCUCAGGAGUCUAAGGUUAAGCAAAAGAGUGCCUCUAACUACUCUUUCCAAAAUCGCGAUGCUAGCUCCUCAGCUUGUCGAACUGGGAAUUGGACCCCCAGGGUUUGGACCUCAUGGAGAUCAUGGGCAAGUGGUGUUUGGGAUUGGACCUCAUGUAGCUCUUCAACCGGUGCAGUUAGGGGUUGGACCUCAUGUAGCUCCUCACGGCUUUGUACCAAAUGUAGCUCCUCAACCGUUGCAGUUGGGCCUUGCACCUCAUGUAGCUCCUCACGACUUUGUAGCUGCUCAACUUGCAGCAUUAGGGCCUGGAAUGGCUCCUCAACUUGUGGAGUUAGGGAUCCAACACAGACAGGCCUAUGCCACACUAUUUGAAGCUGUCCGUAACUGGAAAUCGAUUCGCAGUCUGAGUCUAUCUGGUUCGCAGGUUAACUUUCUCCGUCUGCUCCCUAUAUCAUCAAUCUGCUCAAAGUUGAUUUCCUUGGAUCUGAGCGCUUUAGCUCAGGGUAAUUCUGGGUUUGGCAGUUUUGUUAAACACUGCCGUAAACUUCAGCGUCUAUGGAUUGCGGGCUCAAUUGGAGACGAGGGGCUUUUAGUUGUAUCUUCUACUUGUAAGGAUCUGCGUGAUUUGAGGCUAUUUCAGUCAAAUCCUGCUGUGGUGAAUGGAGGUGCAACUGAAGAGGGCUUGGUUGCUAUAUCAAAGGGCUGCCCACUGCUUCACUCUUUGGAAUUCUUCUGCCACCAGAUGACAAAUGCUGCCUUAAUAACUCUAUCUAAGAACUGCCCAAAUAUCACUUCCUUCAGUUUAUGUAUCUGCGAAUCGAAGAAACCUGAUCAUGUCACUUUGCAACCACUGGAUGAAGGUUUUGGGGCUAUUGUUCAAUCGUGCACAGGGUUGAGACGACUAUCGCUCUCUGGACUUCUAACGGACCAAGUUUUUCUUUACAUUGGGAUGUACGGGGAGCAAUUGGAGGUGCUUUCGGCCACAAAUGCUGGGGAUAGUGAUAGGGGAAUGCUCUAUGUCGUGAACGGGUGUAGAAACCUUAGAAAAUUGGAGGUCACCGAUUGCCCCUUUGGCGAUUCUGCACUCCUUGCUAAUGUAGAAAGGUACGAAACGAUGCGAUGCCUCUAUAUGUCCAGGUGUGAAGUUACUUUGGGAGGUUGCAAGGUUCUUGCAAAGUGGGUGCCUUCAUUGAAUGUUGAGGUGAUAAACGGACGGGACAUAAUAGAGGAUUAUCCUGACGAUAGAUUGAGGGUGAAGAAAUUGUAUGUUUAUCGGACCCUUGAUGGACCACGGAGUGAUGCACCUGAGCACGUUUGGACUUUAUAGAACCUAUGCAACUUUGCCCAGACUAUCAAAGAGGAAGGAAAGAAAUGAAAAACUAAACACGCAGCCAUCCCUUCUUCAUCAAAGGAACCAGUCUUCCAAACACCCUUUUGAGCUCAUCAAAUGAUGCGAUGCCUUACUUCGAAAGAUUUUGCAAUUCCUUUCGCCCCAAAAGUAAUAGACAGUAGCAGCAACACUGAGCUUCAGACUGUAUACUUAGCUGACCUUCGCUUAUAGAUCAUGGCCGCCCAAGUAGUGAUCCCAGUUAUCUCCCUCGGAACUCCAAUACAGCCACAUUUCCUCAUCAAUCUAUGCUAAAUCCGAAUGGAGUAACGACAUGAAAACAGGUGAGAAAGUGAUUCAUCAGCCUCAUUGCAUAGAAACACAAAUUCCCCUAGAGAUGACUCCCAGCUAGACCAUCCACCCCUAGUGCAGAACCAUAGGAUCAAGACCAUCUAUUCAUACAUUGUGGGAGGGAGUACCAUACUAGCCUUGAUGCAAACCAAAUGAAGCACACAAAAAUUGAGUAUUUAGUUCAAGAUUUCAUCAACCACCAGAAGGGAUUCACUACACGAAUUAAAGCAGUUGGCACCAUGCCAAAAUAAGUCACUAGGAAUGAAAACUGAAAUAGAAACAAGGCCAGAAACAGUACUCAACUCAAAGAUGACCAAAGAAAAUUGUUUGUUUGUUUGUUUUUUUUUUUUUUUUUGGUAUUUCCAGAUUUUCCAAGAGGAUACCAUUUAAGGAAGGAAAUAAACUGAACUGGUCCUAUGCAUUAUUCAGCUGAUUAGAACGUGAUCAAUCAAGCACAACCAGUUUCUUAUACUCCUCACCAGAAAUGGCCAUUUCCAUGACAGCCUCAGGAUUCAAAGCCCCAUUCUCCUCCAAGAACACAGUCAUCAAAUUCUUCGAAAAUCCGCUCACUAGCGCCACUCCCUUCCGGUUCCCAGGCACCGGAGUCGCCCUUGAGUCCCUCGGAUUCCAAAGCACAAUCUCCGGCACACACGACCCAUACCCCUUCUCCCCAAACUUCCUCACAAUCACCUGGUAAUCUGUCUCCCAAGUUCUCGCCGACGCCUGAUCAAACUCCAUGUCACUAAACACAAACACCCUCUUGAUUAUUUGUUCUUCGGUUAAUUUCCCAUUCACAGCCACUUCCAGUAUCAAGUCAAAGACCUUCUGGAAAUCAGUGUUCAUCCCCCACUCCUUUCUCUUCACAAAAUCCGUCUUCGACCUCAAAUCAUCACCUAAAACCAUCUGAAGCGUCAGGUUAUGACUGAAUGUAAUCAGCUUCCCUUUCCACGGCUCCUCACUCAGUUCCGAAACCAAAACCCCAAGCGCCACCGAAACCUCCAUUGGAACCCCAUGCAUACUACCCGAAACAUAGCAAAUUGCCAAACAAUUCUUCAUUUUCCUCUUCUUUGACAAAUCAUCCACCAUCCUCAUCCACUGAAGCUCGGCUACCUCUCCCCCAUCCAUGUCGUUCAAUGACUGUGAUCUCGUGCAGCAACAGUGCCCUGGCCGCAACGUCGCCUUUCCUGACUUCACCUUCUCCAAAUACUCCUCAAACCGUUCCUUAUCGUGCUUUUUAAACUUCUCUUUGUAAAACUUCAUUGCCACUGAGGCAACCCUAUUGUAUGGAUUAGAGUUAAAUUUAUUAGCACCAAUAUAAACCUCGGGUAAUUCUAGGGCUUUUCGCAGCAGUACGAGGAUUUCCUUAUGUAAACAGUCACGAACGCGAUAAGCAUAGUGAGCAUCUGAAACGUGGUGGUAUUCUUCGUAUAAAUCGUAGGGGAAAACCCCUUUCGUGAUGCUUUUGCAAAGCAGAGUCACUUUAUCGAACGAGGAGUCAAGCAAAGGGCACCAUUUGGCGGCGAGGCUGAUUUUGUUCAACUGGUUGGAAUUGAAGUGCUGAAUAUCGGAUUUGAGGAAAUCGGCAAAGAGAUCGGAAAUUCAGUCGUGGAGGAACCUGUAAUCCGGAUUGCGGUUGUAGUGUUUGACAGCCUUCUUUCGGGAGAAAAGGAGAAUCUGUGUCCACAUUAGCUAUACCCGUGAACGUGACCGUCGAAACGAUCUGCAUCGCCAAACUUAAUCCACAUUCGAUGGAGUUUUUGAUGUUGAGUUCCAUGCCUUGAAUUCUUUUUGUAGCUUCAAACCUGAAAGAGAGGAAAAUGGCACUCAGUGGUCUUAUGAAGCCAUUAGUUUUUAUAAUCUAUUUCCAAACAUUACCCGUAGAUUUGUUGAAUGACAAGGAGAUUAAAUUGACAGAAAUUGAAGAAUCACUCCAUAGGCUCUUAUACCCUUAGCUAGGACACCAUCUUUAAAUUUUUUUGAUAAUGAGGUGCAUACCCAUCUAUUUCUGGCAUCUGAAUAUCCAUGAAGCAGGCAUCAAAGUUGUGUGGGGGGCUUAAACCGUGAGAUCGCCUUAUUCCCGCUAUCUACACAGACCAAAUCGGCUCCAUAUUUCUUCAAGGCAGCAGCAGCAGCAGCAGCUACUACGAGGUUUACUUUAAUUGUCAUCCACAACUAAAAUUUUCCUCCCCUAAAGCAGAUUCCUAAGAAACGGACGGAGAGCUCUCCAUUGAGGGAGCUCCCUUUGGUCCCAACACCGAUGGCUCUAUGUAGAGAUGCAGCCAGCAUACUUGCUCUCAGGGGCUUCACGAUUACAGUCGGAAGAAACAGAGUUAGACUGGUUGUUUAUUUGCUGGCCUUUAGUCUCGCUGGUAUUGAAACAGCCGUUGGUGAAUACGGCGCAGUGAAACUGAAGGUGGACCCAAUCUUGUGUACGCUUGAAAACCCGAUUGCACCAUUCAUGAGGCCGACCAAAAACUUGCUUAUGCUCAGCCCAAUUCCUGUCCCUCCAUCCUGCAUGAAGGGAGUGAAGACACGAGGUCGAGCUUCUAAAGGUAUACCCCCACCUGUAUCCUCUACGGAUACUAUUCGAUUGAUGAGGUCAGAGGCCAAUGAUGACUGAGGAGAAGCGGGUUCAACUGGACUUGAAGUUCUGAACCCUCCCCAGCUGCCGGCGCCUAUCUGCCGCCGGAAGCCCACUCAAGGUGUUCUUCUGACUAUGACAAUGUCUCAGUUUUUAGGGAUUCCAUCACCUCCUCCGCAAGAUGGACUGUAACGAAAAUGUGCCCCUUCUCAUGAGUUUCCUAGCUGGGUCGCGCAGAAAGGGAUGUAAUUCAAACUCGUACGAAAUUGUUUACCAACUUUUCCACUGCACAUAUUUACAAGGUAAAAUCCCUAAUAACCGAGUAUGCAUAGAGUAGCCAUCGCAUAAACAUAACUUUGAUCUCUAAAAAGUAAAUAAUUUUUUCUUAUUACAGAAAUGAGCUCAAAUGAGCCAAGAGUAGAGAUGUAGGGCUGAUAAAACAACCAACCCACUCGAGUUCGCUCGUUAAAAGCCCGUUCGAUAUCGAUUUGUUACAUAAUAAAACUAAGAUUGAACAUUUUUUGUUAAGCUUUCAAGCCAAGCUCAAACAAGCUACUACUUUGGCGCAUUCUUUUUUCUUCUCUUUUUUUUUUUGUAGUGUUGAGAAAGAAAAUCAAAUCAUGAUAGACUAUUAAAACGUAAUAUAGACUAUUGCAAGAUUGAUUAACGUCCAUAAGAUAGAACUGCCCAAAUAUCACUUCCCUUCAGUUAUGCAUCCGCGAGUUGAAGAAACCUGAUCAUGUUACUUUGCAACCACUGGAUGAAGGUUUCGGGGCUAUUGUGCAAUCUUGCUCGGGUUUGAGACGAUUAUCGCUCUCUGGACUUCUAAUGUACCAAGCUUUUUCUUUACAUUGGAAUGAACAGGGAGUCAUUGGAGGUGCUUUCUGGGGAUCGAUAGUGAUAGGGGAAUGAUUUAUGUUGUGAAUGGGUGUUCGAAACCUUAGAAAAUUGGAGGCCACAGGUUGCCCCUUUGGCGAUAAUGUACUCCUUGCUAAUAAUGUAGAAAGGUACGAAAUGAUGCAAUGCCUCUAUAUGUCACGGUGUGAAGUUACUUUGGGAGGUUUCAAGGUUCUUGCAAGGGAGGCGUGCCUUUGCUGAAUGUAGAGGUGAUGAAUGGAUGGGACGAAGUCGAGGAUUAUCCUUACGAUAGAUUGCGGGUGAAGAAGCUGUAUGUUUAUCGGACCCUUUGAUGGACUGCGGAGUGAUGCACCGGAGCACGCCUGGACUUUAAAGUUGUAUGUUCUGUACUUACCUCUGUUGGUCUCUGCAACUGUCUCCAUUUGGAUCCUAGACUUCUGUGUGUUCAAUGCCUAGUUGUUUGUACAACACUUCUAACUUCUUUGUUAGCAAUAAUCUCCGUUUUCCAACCAUCAA